CAUUGUUGGAGGAGGCGGCAAGCCACAGCAGCAGCCGCAGCAGCAGAUCCAGUGGCAGACAUUUCAACAGCAACCGCAGAGGAAGACCCCUGAUGGAACUCCCAUACCGCAGCAGCAAGUACAGUGGCGCACCCUGCAGGCAGGCGAUGAUCUCAAGCCAGCGCCGAAACAAGUGCUCACGCCAUCUCACCUUGCAUCCGCUGGACCACAGCAGGUGGUUCGUGCCGAAAGCAUUCCUCCUCAACAACAACAACAGACGCAGCAGCAGGGUGUUGUCUGGCAACAGCAACAGCAAGUUCAACAAGUUCAGCAACAGGUGCAACAGCAGCAGGUUCAGCAGCAACAAGUUCAGCAACAGCAACAACAGCUGCACAAGGUUCAGCAAAUUCAGCAACAACAGGGAGAUGGCGGCACACCAAACGUCUCACAGCAGCCGCAGACCCCUCAGCAGAUUCCGCAGCAGGUGCAGUGGCAGCAGAUGCGGCAUGCCGAGCUUCAGCGUCGUCAGCAGCAACUCUUUCAGCAGCAUCAGCAGCACUUGUUGCAGCAGCAGCAACAGCAGCAACUGCAACAGCAGCAAGUGCAGCAACAACAGCAAAGUCAGCAGCCACAGCAAGGUCAGCAGCAGCAGCAGCAGCAACAGGUUCCAUACAUCAUUCAGCGGCCACCGCCGCCCCAGUAUCCAGGCCUAGGGAUGGCGGCAGUGCGUGAGCCCGGCACUCCGGCACCCGGCGCCGCCCGUCCACCCCCGACCCCGCCCGGGAUGGUGCAAUUUCAACAGCAGCAGGUGGCGUUUGGCGGCGGCCCGCAGGCGCCCCUAGUGCCCCCGUCAGCCAGCGCGGCCGCAGCGGCCGCCGCGGCUGCGGCGGCGGCCGGCUUGCAGCCCGGCAACCCGGCUCAGGUGACGCCCAAGACCAAGACGGCCCUGGCCAAUCUGCUCAAUACGAGGCUCCAGGGGGGAGGGGCCAGGGGGCCAGGAGAGCUUGGCAUGCCCGAGGUCCUGGGCACGGCCGUGCGUCUGCCCGCGCCCGUCGGGGAGGACCAGCACGUCCUCGUUAGGGAACCAGCCAUGAUGAACCCUGCGUACCGCUCCAUACGGGGACCACUGUCGGGUCCCCAGCAUGUGGCCAAUGACGGCCGCAGCUUUGGCACAGAGGUUCCAGUCAGCCCCAACACCCACGUCGAGAUUCACUUCUACGGUCAUGACCCCAGGACUCAGGUUCCACUGGAAAUGUGCCUGGUGGGCUGCAUUUUCUGCAUCCUCGACUAUGGCCGGCUCUUUGAUGCACCCACAAUUGCUGUGUGGAAGAAAGUGAUUCUGCAACGUGGGGGUGAAGUGGAAGAGGCAUACAGUUCCCGCUGCACUCAUGUUAUCUGCGUGACACAGCGCGACUCCGUGGUGCAGCAGGCUAUCCGAGAAGGCAAACGCUGCGUGACGGUAUUCUGGCUGAACGACGUGCUGCUGCGGAAGAAACUUCAGCCGCCGUGGCUGGCGCUGCACUUCCCAUCGCCCUACUCGGACGACAAGCCUUGCAAGAACCAGAUCAUCAGCGCCAGUGGAUUCGAUCGGGAAGAGAGGAUCCGACUGAAGCAGAUGGUGCUCGCCACGGGUGCCAAAUACACCACCUAUCUGACACGCCUCAACUCUCUGCUCAUCACCAAAAAGCGUGAGGGCCUCAAGUACCAGAAGGCCCAGGAGUGGAGCAUCAGCACGGUGAACCUGCAGUGGGUGCAGGAUGUGAUGCUGGGUCACUAUGAGGCCCUGCGGCUGCCCAUGGCCCAGAAGUACCAGCAAUACGACGCGGCCGAGAGCACCUUCCGCCUAGACUACUCCCUCGUGCCGCACCUUAUGGCGGCUUGGAGAGUGCCUGUGAAGCUUACAGAAGAGAUUUGGAAGCGGUUCACAGCUUCGGAUGCCUUCAAGGAAGCCCAGAAACGAAAACUGGAGAAUUCCAACAGUAACAAGUCGGAUGCAACGACCCCCACUAAACAGCAAAGGAUGACGCCCGAACUGGAGGAAAACAUCCCACUCACGCCGGCAACAACUCCCGGCGAUGACAAGGACAAGGUGCCGCGCGUCCUCUUCACCGGACUCAAAGAUGUGGCAAGUCUCAAAAAGAGUGUAAUUCAGCUCGGGGGAGUGCUGGCCAAGUCUCCAAAGGAGUGCACCCACGUGGUCACCGAGAAGAUACGACGCACAGUCAAGCUGCUGUCGGCCUUCGGGUCGGCCAAGUUCGUGGUCACCCCACGCUGGGUCACGGACAGUGCCGACUGCAACUCGUUUGCAGAUGAGAAGCAGUAUGCGGUUGAUGACCCUGAUGCGGAAAAGACGUUUGGCUUCAGUCUGGAGCAGGUGCUUCAGAGGGCAGACAGGACUCCACUUUUCAAGGGAAUGAUCUUCUUCAUCACUCCUGGAGUGUACCCUUCUCCCCCGCUGCUCCAGGAGAUUGUGGAGUCUUGCGGAGGAGUGGUGUACCUCAAGAAGAGGCCCACUCUCAAACAGGUGUCCACCGUCACGCAGGGAGGAACCAAGUUCCUGGUGAUUUCCUGCGACAACGACCUUCACCUGUGCCGGGACUACAUGGCGAAGAACAUUAACAUCUACUCGGCAGAAUUUAUUCUAACGGGUGUGUUGCGCCAGUGCGUCGACCUGGACGCCUUUCUCCUGUCGUGACGCUCACUGCAACAGAUGUGCGUCGAAGGAUUAAUUCAAGAAGAUCAAACGAGCGUUGUCAAGUCGGAACUGACAAGCCAAGUCUGCAAAACCAAGGAACCACUUCAUCUUCGCGAUCAUGUACUACCAUCCCUUCUGUCGGACCAUCUCGAGACAUAUCGCCCUAUGCAAAUUUGAUUUAGGUUGCAUGUCGCAGACCGUUUUCGCUUAGAACCAUCGUCAGUUGUUUUGUCGUCUGCACGCAUUUUAGUUGAUUUUGACGAAGGUCGUCCUAUUGCAACGUCACGUACGACCAUGAUUCAGCAUUCAUUUUAACCUUGAACUGCCGCAGAAAGUCGGCCCAUUUUGUUAAAUCUGUUUCUGUGACCAGAGUACUAGUCAAUGGUGCCACAUUGUCGCAGGUUUAGCGCCUUUCUUGUUAGUGCUUUUUUGUUUGUUUUUUUAAAUGUGACUGAAGCAUUUGUAUGUUUGUAUGACCGUUUCCUGCUCCCAUUGAGGAAGCAAUAUGAUUUUAGUGUGAGCCCUUUGUACAAUAAAUGUGUUGAGUUUUCUUUUCAAAA